UGGUGUUGAUAUUGCAUUGUAGUAACAUAACCUCUCAAAAUACUGUAACUUAUUGUACAGUUUAUUACAAUUUAUCCUUGUAAUGCUUUGAAAAACCUGUUCUUACAAUAAUGGACAGUGUUACACCGGCACGGCUUGUCGAAACUUCAUGUAAAAUUAAUGAAAAUCUGAGCUCAAACCCAAUUGAGGCGAAAGCUCCAACAUGUCUACUUCGUAUGACAGUGGAAGAGCCUUCUACAAAAGAGGAUGAACAGCCUACAAGAAAAGAUUAUGUUAUGGAACUACCACCAGCUACGUUAAAUACCCUUCUGGAAGAUUUUAAAAAGAUACGUGAACAGUUAUCUAAUAUUGCUAGGAAAUAAUUGAGUCUCAUUAUAAUUAUAUUAUAUUAAGGUUAUAUUAUUUAAAUAUUUUAUAAUAAAUACAGUAUUAUAACUA